ACCUGUGCUCUACAUAAAAGCUGGGCACACUGAAAAGAACACAAGAUAAACGAAUUGUCCGAAAUUAAUUUGAUAAGGAACGUAAAGUAAAGGGCAUAUAUAAAUGAAGCAUAAAGAUCAUAAAAGAGUCAAAAAGGCGAAAAAAGAUAAGAAACGUUCAAAAACGCACCGAGAUGAUUCAAAAAAGUCAAAGAAGAGAGACAAAGAGGCAAAGCACAAGACGGAAUCAGGUCCAAUAAGCAGCGAUCCAGAGCAACAGAUCAACGGCGACAAUAAGCAGCAGACGGAGCCGGUCAUAUCCGACUUCGAUGUGCUCAGCAUUUAUGCGGAUAUAUCAAAACUAAGCGCUGUAGAGCGCUAUUUGAACAUGCUCUAUCGUCCGUUCACGUGCUUCGUGAAAACCAAUUGCGAAUUCAAACUCUCAGAGUUGGACUGUUUUCUGUCGGACACGCGCUAUGAGCCGGAUAAGCACUCGGCUCUGCUCAUACGGCUCUCGAGUCCAAUAUGCAGCUUAAGGCUUUACGAUAAUGGAAACAUCUGCUGCCAGGGCUACUCUUACGAUAGCGCCGCCCUGGGCAUACAUCGCUUUAUUGGCACCAUGGAGCACCUGGGCUACUCGCCCGUAUUUCAGAAUCCCAAGUUUAAUGUGGUCAAUGCGACAUUCUGUAUGCCAUUUAGCAUUCACCUAGAGCAGCUUUAUAGAGAAUAUCAUGAGGAUUGCUUAUACAAUCCAGAAACACGUCCAUAUCUGACAUACCAAAUACGCAACUCCUCCAUUAAAUUGGCCAUCUUUCACGUUGGCUAUGUGUACGUACUUCUGUCCUCCCAGCCGCGUUUCACCCAAAAGGCAAUCGCUUUCAUAAUGCCCAUACUCUUCCGCCAUAGAGCCGCCAAUAGGCCCAAUGUUGCGGAGCUGAGCAGCGGCGACAUCAAUUUCAAGUUGCUGUGGGAAAAUGAAUUCCAGAACGCAUACCAAGGCACUCUUAAAUAUUCCAGAUGAGCAAUAACUUUGUUCAACAAUGUUGAUUCUUUA